AAAAAAAUCGUCCUCUUUAAAGUUUUAAAAAUCCAUAUAUCUAAAUAAAACUAUUGAAAUAGUAAACUAAAAUGGACUUGAAAAAACUGGACGAAGAAGCCCGACUAGCUGCCAUGAAGGAAGUCAAAAACAUGGUGCAAAGACCAGGACAACUUGAGAAAGUAGAACAAUACCGUCGUCGAGUUGCACGUAAAAAAAUUAGUGUUGAACAACUGCUGAAGACUGCGAUGAUGAAUCAAUUAGACUCGGUCAAAACAGGUGUUGAACAGCUAAAAGUUUCUUUGGACGACAUAAAAGAAGUUGAUUCGCAAAUCAAGGGAGUGGACGAAUUACUAAAGCACGUUCCGCAAGUGUAUGCCUCUUUGGAAGCAGUUAGGACAGAAAAUACGCGACAUUCACAAUACGCCACUGCAAUUGAGAAUCUGAAACAUAUAUUUACCGUACAAGCCAGCGUGACAAAAACUUUGCAAUGGAUAGAGGAAGACAAGUUGCUGCAUGCUCAUCAGUGUUUAUCUGACUUGGAAAACAGUCGUGACGACUUGUUGUUUGAACUGCAUAAGCUUCCAUCGCAGAAUUUGCACGACAAAAGCACUCUCAAGAGAUAUUUCGAAAAAGUUGAUGUUAUUUCCGAGCAACUUCAAAAGAAGAUAAGAAUCACACUUCAAAGAACUUUAAAUACAGUCCGGAAAGAGCCCACAGUGAUUGUCACAGUUUUGAGAAUAAUUGAACGCGAAGAAAAGGCCGAUCAAUUCGCGUUGCAACAACAUAAACAAACAGGGUAUUUGCCACCUGGACGUCCUAAGCAGUGGCGAAAAAAGGCAUUUGAGGCGUUAUCAGAAUCUGUAGUGCAACGAAUUGAAGGAUCGCGACUAGAAAAUAAAAGUGAAAAGCUGUGGCUGGUUAGAGAUUUGGAACUGAUGAGGCAACUCAUUCUGGAAGACUUGCGUGUCGUCAAAUCUCUAUGUGUGCCAUGUUUUCCUCCACACUACGAUAUUAUGAACGAAUAUGUAAAGAUGUAUCACAAUGCUUUGUCUAGAUAUUUGGAAAGUUUAACGAAUGCUGGUCUCGAAGCAACUGAGUUAGUUUCAUUGUUAUCGUGGGUAAUGAAUACCUAUCCAGGACCCGAGCUGAUGACUCAUCCUGAUCUAAAUAUCGAUUUGUCUCUCCUGGGACCUCUCGUUAAAAAAGAAAUGCUCGACGAAAUGGAGGAAAAAUACCUGCAAAUAAUGGAGAAGAAUUAUGAAGAAUGGAUGACAAAGACACUCGAAACUGAAAAACAAGAUUGGCAAACAGGAACUCUACCUGAUUCAGAUGACGUUUAUUAUCACACUUCGGCGCCGGUCAUUAUUUUUCAAAUGAUAGCUCAAAAUCUUCAGGUAACAAAUACGAUUCAUGCCGACCUGACAUUUAAAGCCCUUGUUUUGAGUAUCAAACAAGUAACGAAGUAUGGUCACAAUUAUCGAGCUUGCAUUGCUGAAUUCAAAGAAAGGUAUUUUAAAGAUCGAAGUCAAGUUCCUUUCUUUACGCAACACUUCAUUACGAUUGUUAAUAACUGCCAACAAAUGUUCGAAUUGGCUCAGGAUAUGAAACAACUUUAUUGGCCAAAAUCACGCACCGAGCAUUACAGUUUUUUCGAACAGCUUCUUAGCACUUUUCAGGAAUUGCGAAAUGAUACGGCCAAAUGCUUAUUAGACGAAGCCUUCCUUGAUUUAGAGGUCCAUUUUAACGAAUUGUUCACGUCGAAAUGGCUAUCAUCGAGCGUAUCUGUAGACACAAUUUGCGUCACUCUCGAAGAUUAUUUUACAGAUUACAGUCAUUUGCGUGUCAUCAAUUUUGAGUUCGUAAUAAAUGAAGCACAACGGAUAGUCGCUCGUAAAUAUUUACGGGCUCUGUUGUCAAAGCGAUUGUCACGAAACCUACCUGAAUGCCAGGAAAUAAAAAAGAAAAUUAUUGAUGAAGUAUCAAAGAUAAAGAACAAAUUUGAUAAGUUAGCACCAAAUAUAGCAAAAACAGAUUCCCCUCUUGAUGUCAUUUUGAAACUGGCGCCAAUGAUUUUAUGUGACUUGGAAAUGUUGAUUCUUGACUUGCACACGUUGCUCUCUAAUUAUCCUUCUAUAACCGAAGAUCAUUUAGUGAGACUUUUCUAUUUCCGUAAUGAUUUUAAGUCAAAUGAAGUACGAGAAAAAGUUCAGGAUGCGAUGCGAUCAAAAACCCAUAAAGCAACGCAUGAUAAGCAGGAUGCAAUUUUCAAAGAGAUAAUUUUUUCGGAUAAGUUGUGGUCUUAAGCAGUGCUUUAAUAACUUUUACUGAUUUAUUAUUUACUAUCUUAUGUUAAAAAGCACAUAGUAGUAUUUUUCGCAAAGAUUAAAUAAAUAUUAAACCAUAACA